AUGUCCAUGAAGUAUCUUGCUGCGUACGCUUUGGCGUCGCUUGCCAAACCUGCACCGACUGCCGACGACGUGAAGGCCAUUUGCAAAGCCAGUGGCGUCAAAGUCGAAGAGGACUCGCUCGCGUUCGUUAUGGAAGCCAUCGAUGGCCGUAGCGUCAACACACUCAUUGCGGAGGGUGUCGCUAAGAUGAGCGCUGUGUCGGUGGCAGCCGCUCCUGCAGCUGGAGGUGCAGCGGCUCCCGCGGCGGGCGGUGCAGCAGCUGGUGGCGCGGCCGCCCCUGCAAAGAAGCAAGAAGUGGAGGAGGAAGAGGAUGAUGAUAUGGGUUUUGGCCUGUUUGACUAA